AUGGGUCCGCCCCGGUACUUUAUCCCGCGUGUCUUAAGCCGGCCGAAUUUUUUUUGGGCGCCGCGAGGUACCGACCAGCCUUUUUGCUGGGCUGGCCGCUUGUGCAAUCUCCCCGCCGCCUUUUCUUCACCCUCUUCCCUCUCACCUCUUUUUUUUUUUCAUCCUCCUUUAUCUUCUUCUCUCAACCCAACGUUUUCUUCACGAGUCUUGCGGUGCCGUCUUCACUGA